GCCCCCUUCGGCGGAGCCAAUCGAAGCGCUGGAGGGGGCCUCCACAAACUCGCGCGCACGGGCGCGCGAGCGGCAGGCCCUGAGGCCAGGCGCGAUGGACUUUGCGUUUCCUGGUGUCCAGGGUCAGGCCCAGCUGCCGCCACCCGAAGCGUGGCCGCUGGUUGGCUCCGAGGAGGAGCUCUGUGACUGUCCGGAUUACUACUACCUGCGCGACUUCCCGGCCUGCGGGGCCGGGCGCAGCAAGGGCCGGACGCGGCGCGAGCGGGAACUGCGCACCAACUGGCGGGUGCCCGGCGGCCACGAGCGCAAGAUCGCGCAGAAGCUCCUCAACGGCCAGCGCAAGCGUCGCCAGCGCCAGCUGCAGCCCCGGCCGCGCACCCGUCUCGCCUGAGUGCUGGAUACCCAUAACCAAAGGACCUGAUACAAGUAUUUCUCUGACUCCAGCUAUAACUCUGGUCCUAAGGGGAACAGUCCAUGUUGGUCAACAGAACUUCAUUUCGACAUCGCUUAAGUUCAGUAUCUUUUCCUCACUGAUUGUUAAUUAAGUAACAUCCAAGUGGGUAUGCCUGUUUAGGGUUUUUAAUUAAAAGAGCAGCAAGA